CGUAAAACCAAAAAGAAAACCCUAAAAAUGUAAAAUACACUCCACUUUACGAGAGAUCUCACCACAAAACCAAAAAUCAAAAUCAAUGGCGGAAGACCAAGAAACACCAAUUCGACCGGAGUUUCCAAUCGGAAGAGUGAAAAAGAUUAUGAAACUCGACAAAGACAUCAACAAAAUCAACUCAGAAGCUCUUCACCUAAUCACCUACUCAACUGAGCUCUUCCUUCACUUCCUCGCCGAGAAAUCAGCGGUCGUAGCGGUGGAGAAGAAGCGUAAGACUGUUAGUCUCGAUCAUUUGAGAACCGCCGUGAAAAGACACCAACCUACUUCCGAUUUCUUACUCGAUUCGCUUCCCUUACCGUCUCAGCCUGUACGACAUACCAAAACUGCUUCCGACAAGAUAGCUCCGCCAACGCCGCCUGUUGGGACUCGCCGUAUUGAUGAUUUUUUCAGUAAAGGGAAGGCCAAGGUUGCUGAUUCAGCAUAGAAAAUUAUCAUUUUAAGACGAGAAACUAGAGCAUAAAGAUGCAAGGAGCUUCUUAUAUUCAUCAACUCUCAGGGGAACCUAUCUUUUGCUCUGAUGCUGUAUAAGCUGAAAAGCUUUACUGGGUCUGAACUUGGUGGUUCUUUUGUUGUGUUUUAGUUUAAAUACAACUAGACAAGGGUGAAAUCUGAUAAAUUAGGUAAAGACAUCACAGUUUUGGCUUUGGCAACAUAGACAAUGUAGUGUAUGAGGGAACCAAUAUAAACUUGUGUGGAUGUGGGAUCUAGAAAGGUGAUUGUACGAAACUAAGCUGAAUGAGUACUUCUUUGUUGAUAUA